AACAAUCUAGAAAAAACUUUAAGAGUCUUGGAAUCUAGAAUUGAGGAAUUAGAGCAAAAUGACGAAGGGUUACGUUCACAAUUCAAAUUUUUAGAAGAAAAGGUAGAAGAAUCCAAAGAGACUAUAUGUAAUUUAGAGAAAAAGAAUAGAGAGCGAGAAGAAGAAGCCAAAGUCAAGCAAGAAACUAUUAGUAAUUUAGAAGAAAAAGUUAGAGAACGAGAAGAA